UCGGUUGAGUUCCUCUCUACACAUCUUUGCACGCUUUAUAACCAAAGCUAAACCAACCGAAACACUAAAGCAUUUACAAACCUUUGGAGAAUUUUGAGGUAGCUGCAAGCAAGCAGCAGUUUUUUUUUAAGAAAUGCAUUGAUUGUUUGAGUAAUAGAAAAUAAAGACUAAAAAAAAAUAUUUAAUUUAAUGAAAAAUGUUGACAAAAACUUAGAAAUUAUAACCAUGUAUUUUCUAUUUGUUUUGAUUUCCCAAAGUGUUGCAUUUGGGCAACACAGUGCAAACUUGAUUAAUGAUAUUAUUACGGUACCAAAAGUUUCAAGCUGCAAUAACCGCUAUACAAAUCAAACUUUUGGAAUAAUUACAAGUCCAAAUUAUCCGUAUGGUUAUCACGCAAAUACGGAGUGUACAUGGGUUAUAGAUAUGCCAAAAGAGGAUAGAGUUGUUUUGACAAUUAAAAAAUUUAAUAUUGGUCCAAAGGAUAAACUAAAUAUAAUUGAUGCAAACGAUUCAACAUUGUACAACCUUACUAAUGACCCUGGCGAUAUUAUUUUUUCUAAUAGUAACAAAGUGACAAUACAACUAGUAAGUUCCGAAGAAAACUUCUAUGGAAACCGAACGUUUUAUUCUAUUUUCGAGCGUGAAGGAUGCGGUGGAGUAUUGACAAAUAAAAAUGGCUACAUAUCUGUGCCAUCUUAUGUUUACAUGUCACCAACACCUCACGAAUGUUCGUGGACUAUUCUUGCUCCUCAAAAUAAAGUUUUAUCGCUUCAAUUCUUGCAAUUUGAUCUUCCUCCUGGGUCUUGCUUAUACAGCAAUAUCUAUAUCAGAGAAGGUAGCGAUGAAGCAGGAUACAUAUUAGGCGACUUUUGCGAAGAAAAUCCUCCAAUGAACCAAUUAAGAACAGCAACUAACAUUUUGCGUAUAUUAUACCGAACAAGACCAAACGAACUUGCAGCGCGCACAGAACUAUUACCGUCAAUCAAAAUGUUUUAUGUACAAGAAGACGCAUGUGGAGGUUUACUUGAUGGAUAUUCAGGUUCUUUUACUUUACCUCUCAGAUGGUUAGAGGAUGUUUAUUCGUGCAACUGGACCAUUACUGUUCCACACGGUAAGCAUAUGACAUUGAAAUUCAAAGCUUGGAAAUCGUAUGAAUCUUCUGACGGAGAUUAUGAUGAGUUGAGAUUUAUUUUGCCACAAAGAAACGUUGUUUAUUGGAAAUCAUUUGGUAAAAAUUCUCCGCCUGAGAAUAUGUUAGUACCAAGCAAUAGUUUAGUUGUGUCAUUGAUUUCUCAUAGAAAUAAUAGCGUGGAAACAAAACUUCGCCUCAACUGUUUAUUUCAGGCAAUAGCACCUGUAGAGGAACAAUGCGUCGAUAUAGCUGGAAGGAAAAUAUUUAUCUGUGACGAAUGGAAAUAUAUUGACUGUUCUUUGCGCUGCGAUGGAGUUUUUGACUGUCAUAACAAAAAAGACGAAAAGUAUUGCUUAGAAAACAUUUUAGACGAGCCAAUAGCUAUGCAACAUGCAAACGAGGUAAAACAUUUAGGUCGGUCAAGUCUUUUUAUUGGUCUAUUUACAAUCACAUGUUUAAUAGUAGUAAUUGCUUUUAUAUCUAUAACUGCUGAUCGUUUUUGCCGAAAAUUAUUUUUGCGUAAAGUAGAAGAUCCAAAAGAGUCAAAACAUUCAAACAUUUCUCCUAACCCACCUCCAUAUAAACAAGAAGAUUAUCAAAUAAAAAAUUCUGUUAUUUCUUCAUCUGUCCAAACUCUUAAUAAUUUUACUCAGACAAGUGAAACUGAUGAACAUAAUCAAGGAGAAAAUCUAAACUACUUAAGAUCUUACAAAAAAAAAUACCGAAAUGAAACGUACCCUUCUCGUUCAAAAAGCAGCACCAGUUGUAAUAGAAGACAGUAUUUAGAUUUAUCAAAACGAAGUACUUUUAGCCUAAAUUUAAUCCCGAAUCUACGUUACCCACAAAAUGUAGACUUUGAUAAUCAAAAUAUGUCAAAACGUCAAUCUGCAAUAUCUGCCUGGGAGUUUAGUAAUCAAGAUAACUCAAGGCACUUAUGUGCUUCUCCUCAACAAAAUUAUUUAUAUCCUGAUUUACAAAAUAAUAUUUUAACGUUAAAUAGAACACAGUCUGAAGCACAAAAAGAUAAAAUUAACUCCACAACGGAAUUACAAAGUGAAAAAGAGAACACAAAAACAUUGGAAAAACCAGGUUGUCAGGUAUGGAAUUAUGAGUCUGAUUUUGAAGAAUGUUCAUCGACAAGCAUAAGCUCUAAACACGCUAGUGUUGAGCAACUUCUUUCUAGCGACAAUGAAAUGCAUAAUAAUUUACAAAAUACAUUAUUGUUAGAGAUGUUUCAUGCAGACAGUGCGGAAACUACAAAUGAUGCCCAGUCUUACAACGCAGACAGUAUGGAUACAACAAAAGAAGUCCAGUCUUCGUUUUCAGCGACAUUAUCUAGCGAAUUGUAAUUGUCAAUGAAAUUUUCUUUUAAAUUUCUACAAAAAUAAAAGACGUUGGAAAUAAAAUUAUGAAUAAAUUAACAACAUUUGCGCUACGUGCAAGUUACGUGUAAUGUUGCAUAUUGUAUGCUAGGAAUAGUUGUGUAUUUGUAAAAUAAGUUCAUGUAAAUAAAAUUCAAAAACUUUUUUUCAA